CAAAUUGUCAGGCCACAGAAACAGCUUUAUCUUCUUUCUUUUUCUGACCUUGCUUCCAACCCCUUUAAUUGUAAUGAUUCUAUAACUCUUUCUCUUUCUCUCUCAAAAACAUCAAACGAAACAAAACCCAAAAAAAACAAAAAAGCCCCAUUUCUCACUUUUUCUCUCUCUUUCUCUGUGUAUGAAAAAUCCUUGUAGUCUCUCAGAAUUGGUGCAGAAAGUUUUGCGUCUCAGAUCCCAAUAUAUUACAUAAUUCAUCUCUCUUACGCCAUUAAUUAUAACCAUAAUAAACCCCUUCUCUCUCUUGCUUAUUCUUGUUCAAAUUUGAAGCCUAAUAAUAAUGCAAGAAGCAGGUGGGCUUGGAAUGAUGAACAAUAUGAACAUUAAUAUUAGUUCAAGUGGCGGUGGUGAUGUUUCCAUCUCCGGCGACCAGGAUCGGCAGGUCAAGGCUGAGAUCGUGACUCAUCCUUUGUAUGAGCAGUUGUUGGCGGCUCACGUGUCUUGUCUGCGCGUGGCCACACCCAUCGAUCAGUUGCCGUUGAUCGAUGCUCAGUUAGCUCAGUCCCACCACUUGCUCCGUUCUUACGCUUCCCUUGCUCAUUCUAACAACCUUUCCCACCAUGACCGUCAAGACCUCGACAAUUUCUUGGCACAAUACUUGAUAGUAUUAUGUACUUUUAAAGAACAACUUCAACAACAUGUGAGAAUCCAUGCCGUUGAAGCAGUCAUGGCUUGCCGUGAAAUUGAGAACACCUUACAAGCUCUCACAGGAGUAAGUUUGGGAGAAGGAACGGGUGCAACAAUGUCAGACGAUGAGGAUGAAUUAUUAAUGGGUCAGAUGGAUUACUUAGAUCGAUCUUCUGGUGGUCAUGGGGAUCAUAUCAAUAAUAAUGAUAUGAUGAUGGGAUUUGGUCCUUUACUUCCCACUGAGUCUGAGAGGUCUUUAAUGGAGAGAGUUCGCCAUGAAUUAAAGAUUGAACUCAAGCAGGGUUUUAAGUCAAGAAUUGAAGAUGUAAGAGAAGAGAUACUAAGAAAAAGAAGAGCAGGAAAGUUGCCUGGGGACACAACUACGGUCCUGAAGAAUUGGUGGCAACAACAUUCAAAGUGGCCCUACCCAACUGAAGACGACAAGGCAAAGCUGGUGGAGGAAACAGGAUUGCAAUUGAAGCAAAUUAACAACUGGUUUAUCAACCAAAGAAAGCGUAAUUGGCACAGCAACUCUCAGUCUGUCACUUCUCUCAAAUCUAAGCGCAAACGAUGAUCUACAUCAAAAUAUACAUAUUAUAUAUAAAUAUUAUCUUACUAUAUUACUUUCAUCAAACUCUAUAUAUGCCGCCAACAUAUUAUUGAUGAACUUACUUUACUUUUACUUUCAUAUAAAUGUUAUCAUAUAUCAUAUCCUCUUGCUAUAUAUAUACUAUAUAAAAGGUGUAUAUAUGGCUGCUUAUACAUUUUAUGUAGAGUUUUUGUAGCAACCCAUACUUGUCAAAAGGCAUAUAUAUAUAUAUAUAUAUAUAUGUAUGCAUUACAGCUAUAUAUAUGUAUGUAUGUAUAGCUCAGGUCAACUACUGAUCAAGGCUGUAUAUGGCUAGCCAAUAUAUUAAAGUCGAAAAGCUUUGGAAGUUUGAUCCAUGAGUACAACUGAUCAACAUAUGCAGCUAUACUCAACCCCUAGUACUGUGUUGUUCACAGAUAUUGGGUACCUAAUUUUUUCUUUUUAAAAAAAUUGUAUAAUUUUUAUCUGUUGUUGGGAUUGAGUAUAUUGAACAACUAAUUAAUGCUUUCAUUAAUUUGGAGCUGUAAAGUCUUUUUUGUUUUCUGUAGAAUUAAUAGCUAUUAAUUCA